GAACAGAGGGAAGGUGGCCAAGCAGAGCACAAUGCAGGCCUGGAGGUGGGAGAGAGAAUGAAUGCGUUCCAGAAGCAGUGACACGGAGGCCUCAGCCCAAAAGCAAUUUCCAAGACAUAGUGAAGACUACAGUUUCCAAGGUCCUGAGGACAUGAAGCAGAGACAGCAAGACAAAGACCCCACCAGUGAGUCGGAUGCAAACCUUCCAUAUCCUAAGUCACACAGUGGUAAUGGCCACCAAGGAGAAGACCUCUCAAGAGACGACUUAUUAUUUCUUCUCAGCAUUCUGGAGGGAGAACUGCAGGCUCGAGAUGAAGUCAUAGGCAUUUUAAAGGCUGAUAAAAUGGACUUGGCUUUGCUGGAAGCUCAGUAUGGGUUUGUCACUCCAAAAAAGGUGCUAGAAGCUCUCCAGCGAGAUGCUUUUCAAGCAAAAUCUGCCCCUUGGCAGGAGGACAUCUAUGAGAAACCAAUGAAUGAGUUGGACAAAGUUGUGGAAAAACAUAAGGAUUCUCACAGACGAAUCCUGGAACAGCUUUUAACGGUAGAAAAAUCUCACAGGCAAACCAUAUUAGAGUUGGAGGAAGAAAAGAGAAAACAUAAAGAAUACGUGGAGAAGAGUGAUGAAUUCAUAAGCUUGCUAGAACAGGAACGUGAAAGAUCAAGGAGGUAUGCAAGCAGGGAAUCCCAACACGGAUCCCGAAACCAAAAUCUACAGGCAUUGCUAAGCUUUCCCCUAAAGCUCUCCCAGGGUCUAUGGAUAAGACUGGCUGUGGGAAGCGACACAUCAUAA